AUGACACUCCUGCAAUUAUUAUGUAUAUAUUGUUAGAAUUAUUUAUUUGUGGACUAAUAUAAUACCAUAAUCACAAUCACAAUCAUUAACUAUGUGUCCAAUAUUUAUUCACUACCAUAAUGGGAUGGUUAAUAAUUAAUAAAUGUAUUAGAGGCACAUGGGAGCACCCUAAAACUAUAAUUGGCCCAUUAAAUUAUAGUCCACCACUAAUUAUACUCAUUAGCCCAAUAAGCCUAAUAUAACCCCUUAGGGUUAAGUGUUGCAUAUAAAAAGGGUAAUAUGUGUUUAGUAUGAGUUGAGUGUGGGUGUGUGGUGAAAAGAAAAGGGUUUGCUCUCAUAGGUUCUCUUCUACCAUCUUGAGACACAUUGAAGAACUUGGUGACAUAGCAAUAUGGAAAAUGCAAACAUGGGAGCUUUAAGCGUUCCAAGAAACUCUGCCAUGUUGACGCUAAAUGGAACCAACCACAAGCAGUGGGUUGAAUCCCUCAUGCUAAAUUUGACUCUUAUGAGAGUGGACUUGGCCUUGAGAAUGGAUGCACCGCCCAAACCCGCUGAUGAUGCCACUGAAAAGGACAAGAAGUCCUAUGAGGAUUGGGAGCAUUCCAAUCGUUGUUGUUUGAUGCUUAUGAGGUAUCACAUGGAUGAGUCCAUUCGUGAUAGUAUUCCUCAAACUGAAAAUGCAAAAGAUUUUCUUGCUGCCAUUAAGGAAAAGUAUAAGAAGUUCUCAAAGAAUGAGAAAAAUGAGUGCUUAACUUUGUUCCAUCGCACUAAUUACACUGAUACGGGUGACAUUAGAGCUCACAUUGACAAGCUCAUGGGUUGUUACCAAAAGCUCAAGGGCAUGGGAUUGGAUCUUGGUGAGGAUUACAUGGUGUGGUUUGUAAUGGAAACCAUUCCUUCUCAAUUUGAUUCGAUCAGAUCAAGCUACAAUGCUCAAAAGGAGCAGUGGACCAUUGAGGAGAUGACUGCUAUUCUUGCCAAAGAAGAAGAGGACAUGAAAAAGGGGAGAGCAAGAAGUAUCUCCAUGGUGACCAAUCCAAACAAUUCUCACAAGAGAAAGUUCACUCCCAACAACUCUAGUGACCAAAGGUUUCAUAAGAAGAAAGCCACCAAUCCUAAGGGAAAUGGACAAGCAAGCUCUUCUUCAACUGGUCAUAAGAAUGAGUUUUUCAAAGGGAAGUGCAACUUUUGUCAAUGCUUCGGGCAUAAGAAAGCUGAUUGCCGAAAGCUCAAAGCUCACUUAGAGAAGAAAGGCAGUGACAAGUCAAAGAAGGCCGAGUAGGUUGGAGGAGUAUGUGUACAUGGGAGACGAUACUAAAGUCAGAGUUGAAUUUUUUGGGAUUGUUAAUCUGCAGCUGAAUACUGGGCAUUUUUUGGAGUUGCAUGAUGUUGCUUAUUUACCCUCUAUUAGGAGGAAUUUGAUCUCUGUAUCUAUUUUGGAUAGACUAGGUUAUAGUCUUCAUUUUGAACCUGGAAAACUGACUUUGUAUCGUGACUCUAUGUUGACUGGAAAUGGAACUUUGUGUGGAAACUUAUAUAAGCUUGAUUUGCUUGAUGUUGUUCCUGUUACUUCUCCCUCUU